AGGAAAUAUAUGACAGAGUUUCCGUGGUCCCAUCCCAUUUAUGCCCGCGCCGAGCGCAGGCUGCCCCUCACCGGCAGACCGGUUACCCCUUACAUGCAACCUGUGUUACACGACACGACACAGCCGUCAAUUGCCUAGGUAGGGCAGGCCGGCCUGUUGGUUACCUUAUCCUUCAUGUGAGACAGACAAUCCUACAGCAACUUGGACUGGAAUAUGUAGCUGAGUACCUACGGUACAUAUCUGAAUAAGGUACCUACCUAUCUUCCUACAUACCAGGUACCUAACCUACCUGGUAGAUACCGACCUACCUGACCUAGGUAUCUAUAUAGAAGGUUGGUACAGUCGGUGAACAUUGCACCCAACUCUUCUCCUCUCUGUAGAAUUCGUCUCGUCUUUGAUAUCCCAUCGUCGUCAAGACCUCAUUCAACAUUCUAGGUGUCGACUUAAAUUCUUGAAUUCAAUUUUUCUCGAUUAUGGCUGAAAGUCCUGACCUCAAUGGUCCAGUCCUGUCGCCGCCCGAUGGCAUCGAGUCUAACCUAGACAACCCACCAAACCGCAAUGCUCUGGUCAUUGGAUUCACCUCAUUCUUUCUUGCCAUAUCAUUGAUAUUCCUCUUAGUUCGCGCCUACGCGAGACUCUUUUACGCGAAGAAUACGCAAGCACUUGGAGACUCAUUGAUAAUUCCUGCAAUAGGGACUUACAUUGCUGCAUGCAUCAUCGUCUUCCGUAUAGCUAUCACCUCGGGGUUUUUCGUCCACGGCUGGGACUUUCGACUGAAAGAUCUAGCAUGGUUCUACUACAAUCUCUUUCUCGGCACUCAACUAUAUCUCGCCACCAUGAUAACGUUGAAGUCAACCAUUCUCCUCGAAUGGGCUCGGAUUUUUGGGCCGGGUAGCCGCAAAGCAUUUCGCUGGUCGUGCUAUAUCAUCGCCGCAUUGAAUGCGAUCUACUAUACUAUAAAUAUCAUCCUCGAGUGCACGGCAUGCACCCCACGGGAGUAUUAUUGGGACAAGACAAUCCCUGGUGGUACUUGUAGAUACUCGGCCAUCCUAUCUCUAAUAUCUGCCAUUGUCAAUCUCGUCUUCGACGUCGCUAUCCUUAUCCUGCCACAGGGAGUUAUCUGGCGUCUGAACAUGUCCCGGAGGAAGAAAGUUGGCUGCUCCGUCGUCUUCAUUAUUGGCCAUCUGGCCUGUGUUUGUGCGGCGCUCCGAAUAGCCUUCUCUGUCGCAUACGUAUCGAGUGACGACUAUACGUACCAACUAUCACCGCAGACGAUCCUAUGUAAUGCCGAAGUCGCCGCCGGCUUUUUGGUUUUCACCACGCCUGCUACCCCGAAGCCGAUACUUUAUUUGACUCAGCAGGCUAUGGGGUCGAUGGAUCGAUUGAUACGUUCCGCCAGGAGCGGCAGCCGGGGGACGGCAGCAGGCGUGGAGAGCGGAUUCAAUUCGCAGUCUAGACCUUUCAAGUCUUUGUUCUUUCGAAAGAAGUCGGGAUCAAACUUGUACAACCCGAUCGACGAGCGCAAUGACUUGCAAUUAAGUUCAUGGAAGUAUCCUGUGAGCGGUAAUACCACUCAUAGGUCAGAUAGGCUGUAAUAGCAAUUGUGCUAUUAAACUCAUUAAUAAAUACACUUUUGGCUCAG